AUGCAACGUGCUCCGCCCGCUCCAGCCAGAUCAAAAACUCAAAGGAAAGACAAGCCACCACCGGAGGUGCCUGAUAUCAUCAUCGAUCCAGAAAGACAUAUUCGUUAUGAGAAAGGAAAGUUUCUUGGAAAGGGAGGAUUUGCCCACUGCUACGAGAUACGUAAUACGGCCAGUGGAGAAACACUAGCCGGAAAAGUUGUUCCCAAACACUUGCUCGUCAAACAAUAUCAGAGAGACAAGAUGGCUCAAGAGGUUCAAAUCCAUCGCAAUCUUUCUCAUCCAAACGUUGUUAAGUUGUUCCAUUUCUUUGAGGACCGAUCGAAUGUGUACAUCACCUUGGAACUAUGCCCCAGGCGGUCGCUGAUGGAACUUCACAAGAGGAGAAAGUCGGUUACUGAACCAGAAGCUCGAUACUUUACACACCAAGUUGUCGAAGGAGUUCUAUAUUUGCACGAUUUGAAAAUCGUCCAUCGAGAUCUGAAGCUUGGAAACCUUUUCCUCAACGACGAGUUGCAAGUCAAAAUUGGCGAUUUCGGUUUGGCUACAACCGUGGAAAAUGAUGAACGCAAGAAAACUCUUUGUGGAACCCCGAACUAUAUAGCUCCUGAAGUUCUCAGUAAAAUGGGACAUUCAUUUGAAGUGGAUAUUUGGGCUAUUGGAUGCAUCCUUUUCAUUCUAUUAGUUGGACAUCCUCCCUUUGAAUCGAAGACUUUAGAGGAGACAUAUUCUCGUAUCAAAAACAACAAUUACACAAUUCCAACAGAAACAAGCUCAACAGCUUCUCAGCUCAUCCGGAAGCUUCUUGAUCCAGUGCCAGGACGCCGCCCCACUGCGAAAAUCGUCUUCCGGGAUGUUUUCUUCAAAUCUGGUUACAUGCCAACUCGUCUUCCAGUUUCUUGCCUUACGAUGGUUCCGCAUUUCAACGACACUGUUCUGAAUGAAGAGAAUGUCGCUCCGGCUGUCUCUUCCGACUCGGAAAGCACUCAACACACCGGAAUCCCAGGGACAUCACAUGUACCAUCGCGCCGAAUUUCCGAACACGCUGAAAGAGAACGUGCGCACAGAAUGGCUCUCGAAGCGACAAUUCGAAUUCCAAAUGAUUGUUACCUAUCUCAGUUGAAUUCACAAGUCGGGGACUUGCUACUCAAAGUCACUGCCGACAUGGAUGAGAUAGAAGCGACACUUGAUACCUAUCAGUCACCAGAAGCACUGCCUGUAUUUUGGAUUUCGAAAUGGGUCGACUAUUCGGACAAAUACGGCAUUGGAUAUCAACUCUGUGAUAACUCGGUGGGAGUGCUUUUCAAUGACAAUUCAAGGAUCAUGUUGGACUCUGCUGGAAAUCAAUUGUCUUAUAUUGAGAAGAACAAUAAAGAGCAUUAUUUCAACAUGCAAAACCAGAUGCCCGUCACAUUGAAGAAGAAGAUCACUCUUCUUCAGUACUUCAGAUCCUACAUGAACGACCAUUUAUUGAAAGCCGGAGACCGGAGUUCUGAGAGAGCUGGGGAUGACUUGGCGCGUCUUCCUACUCUUCGUGUUUGGUUCAGAACGAAAUCUGCAAUUGUAUUGCAUCUCUCCAAUGGCACUGUUCAAAUAAACUUUUUCACGGAUCAUAUAAAGAUGAUGUUGUGUCCACUCAUGCAAGCCGUUACAUUCAUUGAUCAAAAUAAGCGUAUGCUGACCUUCAAAUUCUCAAAUUUGGAAUUGAAUGGGUGUCCGGAGAAGUUCCUACAUCGCAUCAAAUAUGCGAAGACUAUGAUUGAGCGGCUCAUGGCGGAAUCAACAAAAGAACUCGAAAAACCUUCUUCCGGAUCCAGACCAGUAACUGAUACUGUGAACGCUGCACGUAUUCCAUCUACAUCAAGUAACGUUCGUCUUAUCACCGCUACCGAUAUUGCAUCUAUUGGAGUAUCUUCGAUCUCUUCUCGUCGUUAA